UAUUUUUUUUUACUUUUAUGCAAAUAUUCCACCCAUUCUAUAGAUACUCUUGUCGUCGACAACAAUGGAAAAGGAUACAACUUCGAUUAUUAAGUAGUACUAAAAGUAAAGGGAAAAACAACUAUGGACCACCUGAAAAUAAAGUGCGCGCCAUUCCUUUUACACAACAUAUCAAAGCAGCAGAAACGGUAUUUGAUGACUUUCAUGGACAAGGCUUUUUCUCCGUACGUGUUGCCAAUGCUGGUCCUCCUGAAGAAAUAUUUUUACCGUUUUGGAUGGUUUCUGCCACUGUUCGCGUCCAAUUGAAACAAGCUCAAGUGGGUAGAAAUGUUAUUACACAUCAAUAUAAUGCAGCCACCAGACGUAUGGAACCUAUGUAUACGACAGAGUGGGCUUGGAUACCUUCACCAACACAAUAUACUUUUACACGACAAUAUCUUCCAGCAGCGCAUCCCAAUUUACAAAUUUAUGGUUCUCACAAAUACCGACGAGGACUAUUGAAUGGUAUACGACAAGGACAUGUGACGGAAGUACAGGCAUUCACACCAGAUCUGUUGGAUCGACCCAGCUACAAUGACAUGGAUAGUGAUAUUCGCAAUAUUCAACGUAAAGUAGACCCAUAUACCAUCUAUCCUACCACUGCUCUUCGAUUUGCUCGCUCGUAUAUUGAAUCCAAUGAAGAAAAGGAAAUGGAUACUUUUUUGUGCAAUACUUUCGCCGCUGACAAGACACGAUUGGUAGACAUGGAGAUCUCUAUUACCAAUAUACAAGUCUCACCUGUUUAUUUUCCAGCAUAUGUGUUUACUGUUGAUUACCUUGGUCGCCGACUUCGUACUUUUGUCAAUGGAAACAACCUUUCGGUUGGUGGAAUGCGGGCAUACAAUUGGAGACGUGUGGCUAUAUGCUCUGCUGCGACAAUGACUGGAUUGAUCAUCAUCAAUGGAGGCAUUGGUUGGGGUGGAGCUAGUGGAUCUUUUUGGAUUGGUGUGGUAUUACCUUCUGUUGUUGCUUCCAUGUUCGCUCUCUACUACCCUUUGAUCUCCUUACGAAUACAGGAUGCUAUUCGACAACAAGAAAUGAAGAAUCAAGCCAAGGAUCCAAAGAUAUGGGAUACGGAUUGGACUUUUGCAUAUGACACUUUUGAAAAUGAACAACGGUAUCGAUCAUGGCGCGCAGAACAACAAGCUCAUCAACAGCGAACUGGAUCUUAUUCAUCUUCAGGUGUUUCUUCAGAUCCAAAAGGUUAUUAUGCUGCUUUGAAUGUCUCACCUAAUGCUACAAAGGCUGAUAUCCAAAGUGCUUUCCGUGGUUUGGCUAUGAAAUAUCAUCCUGAUAGAUAUACGGAUCCAAAGAAGAAGGAAGAAGCCAAGAAAAAAUUCCAAGUAAUCUCUAAUGCUUAUAGUGUAUUACGUGAUACUAAAAAAAGAAAACUAUAUGACAAUAGUGGAAGUAGUUAGAUAGUAUACAUAUUAUGGAAGUAGUUAGAUAGUAUACAUAUU